AUGCCUAGCUCCAGGAAGGACAAGAAGCAUGCCAGAGAAAAUGGCGGCAUCGCCGCGGCCGUGACCAAACAGGCCGCCGGCAAGUUUACAAAUGCCCACGGCGGCAGCACCGACCCCUCCAAGGGCCGCCCUGCCUCGGAUGCCUCGUCGCCCCCCCCCCCCGCUGCCGCCAACACACCCGAGAUCAACCCCUCGCUCCUCGACAAUGACAAGCACGCCGCCGCCUCGCCCCUGCUCGAAGCCCUGUCCACCACCUCGGCUUCCGCAAGCACCGCUCCGAGCCUCGCCACUGACUGGGCAAGGGGGGGCUUGGCCUGUUCGCCCGGCAACUUCAUCAGCCUCGCCAGCGAAUCCCCACCCACCCUGCCGUCAUCCUACGAGGACGCGGCACGUGCAAACCACGCCUGGUCUGCCCACCGCCCCCGACGGCCCCUCAGCUUCCAGAUGGACGCCCAGUCUCUCAACACGUCCGGAACCCCCCCGCGCGCGGCGUCGACGGCCGCCUUUCGAAGGAGCUCCCUGCACUCGCAGUACCCGGGCUCCCGAGCUAGCUCCCACCCGCCCCUCCCUCACCAACCCCAGGCACACUUUUAUGGUGCUUCGGAUCUCGACCUGACCAUUACUCCCCAGUCCGGCGGCAUGAAGGCCGGGGACCGGGGCCUCUUCUUCGGCUUGGACAAGCUUCCGGCCGCCGAUGGCUCGGCCGCAUUGGACAAUGUUGUGCUGGCCGGCUACGAAGGCGGGCUGCAGGUCUACGCCAUCAGCAAGCGGGGCGUCGACCUGGUGGCGAGCCUGAGGGGGCUUCGUGGCGGCGUGCAUCAUGCCAAGAUUCUUCCCUGGACCGUCCGCGGCGGCGAACCUUCGCCCUUUCCCCUCGUGGCCGUUGUUGUGCAUGGGCCUGUGGUGCCCUCGCAGUCGGCAGAUGACGAGACGCAGGAUCAAGGCAUCGCAGCUGCGACUUCAGAGGAUGCAGCAGGCCCUCGACCGGGCUUUGCACUCCAGGACGGGCCCCAGGGACGCGCGCAUCCCGCACCCCUCGCUUUCCAGACCUCGGUCGAGGUGUACUCGCUCAAGACCAACCGGCUCGUCGACGUGCUCCUUUUGGCGCAGAAGACACCGAUAAACGCCGAAGUGUCUCUGUCCAGCCCGCUCUUCCAGCCGCCGGCUCCGAGCGGAGCCUUCACUAUCAAGGCAGACGCCGGAACCAUAACCGUCAGCUCCGGGGUCACGGGCGAGUGUUGGAUCUAUCGCCAGCUUCUGCAGCCGCAGAACAGCCACGUCUUCGCCUGCGCUGGAAAGCUGUGGACUACCCUCCAGCAGAGCCAUCGGGGCGAGGUCGCCGAGGAGAGCGAUAAGACGCAUCUCGCGACCACGCCUCGCCGACCAAACCCGCAGGCCCCGGUCCUCGCCCUCAACGGCCGUUGGCUCGCCUACUGCCCGGCGACCCCGUCUUCGCAGAUCUCGCUGAGGGCACACCUGCCUGUGCCCAUCCUGGGCCGGGCCCCUGGGGUGGCCUCGCUGACGCCCCCUCACCUGCCGACGGUUUCGGCCUCGGCAGAUCUGCCCAUCUCGGACAGCAUGGUAAACAAGAUCAUGCGGGAGACUACGCAGGAGCUGAUUCAGGGCGCCAAGUGGGUUGGACAGCAGGGUCUGCAGGCGUGGAACUCGUACUGGAACAAGCCGUCCAGCCCGCAGUCGCAGCAGCUGCAGCAGCCAAGGUCGCCGCCGAAGCACUGGGUUGGCUCUCGAUCCCCCCAAAACGAUCCGGCGCAGUUCCCGCCCACGCACGGAGCUGCCGUGCAGGCGGCGGCCAAGGAGCCCGGACUCGUCUCGAUUGUCGACGUGGAAACGCUGGCGAACUCGGCAUCCAUCCACCCUCUCACCACCUUUGCGAACCCGCUAGGGUGCAGCUUCCUCUCCUUUUCCCCUUCGUCGCUGGCCCUCUUCACCGCCAGCACCAAAGGCGACGUCCAGACUGUCUGGGAUUUGCUUCGUGUUCAACACACGCACUCGUCGCCGCUCCAGACGACCUUGUCCCAUAACGACUGCAGCGGACCUGUGGUUCGGCAGAUUGCCCAAUUCUCGCGUAUGACGGUUGCACGCAUUGUCGACGUGGCUUGGACGGAACCGCAGGGAGAGAGACUGGCCAUGGUCACGGAGCGAGGGACGAUCCAUCUCCUGGAGAUGCCCUUUAGCGCAUUCAUGUGGCCCCCUCCCCGGCGGCGCAAGAUGGCCGCAAAAGGUGCGCCCGAGCCUUCGGACGCAUCCAGCUCUGCCGUCUCAAUAGCUUCGGGCGCCUUUGGUGCGGCGUAUCAGGCCGCGAUGCCUUUCGUGACUCGGUCUCGCCGAAGCAGCUCCAACGCUGCGGCGGCGGCAGCGGCGGCGGCCGCCGCCUCGGGGAACACCUUGAGGGACUCGGCAGCCCAGGGGGGCCGUGUCAUUGCUGCAACCAUUAGCAACUCGCUCGGAAAGACCGGGACUGCCAUCAACCACCUGCGACACACAGGAGAGAACCGGGUCACGCUGCCGCCCAGCACCGUCUUGCCGUCGGCGGGAUGCGUCUCAUGGCUCAAGUGUCGAAAGUCCCAGGUCUUGGUGUCGGUCGGCGGAGGACUGGUUCGCAUGUUCCCCUGCAAGACCCGCCGUCCGUCGUCUGCGGCGGCUGGGAAGCGGAUCGCUCGUGCCCACAAGUACAACGACAUCAAGGUUCCCCUGCUCCCCGACGAUGUCGUUGCGCCGCUCGUGCGCCAGAUCCUGGAUUUGGGCGCGCCGGACGAGUACCUCGAGCUUUCCGAUGCCGAGCUGGAGACGGGGAACACCCUGACGCUCAAAGCGCAGGUCCACCCCGCCCCUCCGAUCCACGGCAUGGAUGCGACGAUCCCGCAGGCAGAGAUAGAAUCGAGCGCGCCUUACCAGCCAUUCCAUACGGAUCGCCGCGUGGUCUUUUGCGGCUUAGAGGAGCAGGCGUCUUCCAAAAAAAAGAAGAGGCGACCGCAGAUGGCUGGCAGUCCGGAGCCCGGCGAUACAGCAACUUCCUCCCUCUGGGCAUUCGGACAGGACAUCCCGGCUGUGAGCCUAAGCAUGGGACUGCCCUCAAGCCCCGAUGACGACGAGGCCGGCCCCGACGACCAUCUUGCUCUACCCCAGUCGGCGAUGGAGCGGGUGAUGCAAUAUGCCGACGAGGAGCAAAUCGUGGUUACGACUAGGCGACGACGCGGAGCGCGCCCCGGGGACACGGACGAGGAUGGGUUUUUCGAGGACGACUGCGAGGUCCUCGACUUCGCCGACCAGAGAGUCUGA